UGCUGUAAUUUGCUGUCUUGUUCGCGAGAUACAAAACUGUCGUCUGCUAGGUGUUUGUGUGGUUCGUGUUACUUACGUUUGCUUUCUGCAGAAUUUUUUUUUAAUAAACUUAAAUAGCAAAUGUUUAAAAAUUUAUGUAUAAUUUGUCAGGGAAUUUUACUACAAACUUAGUGAAACAAUGUAUGUACUAUUUCGUCUUUAAAAGACUUGUAACUGAUGAAAGCACGUACUUUGGAAUAUUAAUAAUGAAAUAGUAUAUAUUUGAGAAGGAAUAUCUCUGUCUUAAGUGCGCAUUUUAAGGAUAUAUAGCUGAAAUGGAAUAAGUGCCAAUUUGCCAAAGAUACAAGCAGCAGACGAAGACGUGGACUUCAACCAAACGCGCUCAAAAGGGCGGACUAUUUUCUUGACUGUGUGAAGUAAUCAUAUAAUCAAAUUGGGGAUCACCCAAAGCAGACGACAAUAACACUUGGUCAGACGACUGCCAAGGCUUAUUAAUAAAACAUCAAUAUUAAUGAUUGGGGUAAUAACAAUAUAACAAGACAAUUGUCAAUGAAUAUGUAAACAAAUACAUAAAACUAUAUAUAAUAAAAAAGUACGAUAACCUAUUUAUAGAAAUCAGAUAGCAUCAGUUAUAUACAGUGAUUUAAAAUAAGAUAAAAAUUGGACAUUAAAAAAUCUUACGGGGGUAUAUUUUUUUGAAAUCCAAACAAAACGCUGAACGAAAGAAAACAUAAUUGUUUGCGGAGUUUAAUAAACCGUAGGUGUUGCGAGUAACUCAGAUGAUACUAUUGAUAAUACCCCGGAUGAUAAACAUCGGGAAUUAGUCAACUGCAACAAUGAGCAACGGUCUAUAACAAUUGUGGGUAGAAUUUCUUGUUCGAAGGUUUAUCCUCUACAGUGUACUACAAACUGUUAUUAAAGCUGGAUGUUAAAUUGUAUUGUCGGGUGUAGAAUACAAAUAUUGUACUGCUAGAUUAUUGUUAGAGAUAGUUCAUACUUAAAUGUUAUGAUUUCGGAGAUGUAAGGUUCAAUGGAGAUUAUUGAUGAAAAACAAUUGACUGCUAUAGCCAGCUGUGAAGAAAUACAUACGGAGUGUAAUUUAGCUAUAAGACAAUGUGAAGUCGACAAAGACACUACGAUAUUGAGCGAUAAUAAUCUAGACAAAAAUAUGAGAGAAGAAUUGUCAAUAUCUAGGUCAAUGAGCACCAAUGCUGAUACAAGCAAGGGUGAGGACGAUGAAAAUCCCUGUGUGAACAUGUCCGUUGAUUACUCUAAAGAAGAAUCAGAUUUUAGCGAUUACGGUGAGGAAAAUACACGGUGUCAUCUCGCCAAUCAAGCCGUCAGGGCUAAGCUGUUACACAGUGUAGCUAAUCCAGCUAAUGGAAGUGAUUCAAAACUUAGAGUGUCAGUAUUCGAUCAUAGGAUUAUACCAAAGAAGUUUAUAAUUCCAAAGAAAGUUGAAGUUCGUCCUUCAGUCAAUGGUGUUGUAGAUACGGACAGUGGCAAUAUGAAUGUGAGACCUAAGGAUUUUGUUUGUGAUAAUGCGAAGGAUAAUAAACGUAAAAUGUCGAGUAUGUCUUAUACCGUGUUGAAAGCCAGUAAAAGAUAUAACCGGGAAAAUAGUUCCGAUAAAUCACCAGUCAGUCCGAGUGCGGAAACUGACAAUGACGUCAGAACGCGGUUUGAUAUUCUCCUUAGGAAUUUAAUAGGAGAUGUUAAUGAUAUGAAAGUGGAACCAUCCCACGUAACUGUUUCUAGUGGAUAUGAAAGUGAUUAUACUCAAAACCGGGAACUAGACAAUAAACAAAGUAAGUCGUUAAGUUAUAGUGUUCAAAAUGAUAUCAACAAAGAAAAUUUCACGGUACCAACAGACAGUGGAUUAAAACCUGUGAAUUAUUCAUCAGAAAAUGGUGCUAAUACUCAUACAAAUACCUCUUUACAAUCGAGUCAUGGCUUUUCAUCGCUACCAGUGUUUCCUACUCAAAAUCAAGAAAAUGUGCCGGGUACUUUGCAAAGAUGUGAAACGGGGGAGGGCCCUCUUGUUAAAAUGUCCAAUCAGGAACGAGAUUCUCAGGGAUUUUCUUACACACAAAGACAUAAUUAUAAACUGACAAAAGUGACUAGAUCAAUGUAUGAAAUCAUUCAUGACCUUCAAAAUGGCGAAAAAGCUGCAGCAGACGGACGGAAACGUUCGAAAAAAGGGCGGCGAACGUCACAAGAACACAAUUCCGGAACUGACGGGAAUGCUUCCUCGCGUGAAAUUAGACCGCGUGGGAGGGUGCAAUCAAAUAAUUCAUUGUUGGAUAAUCAGAUUGACCAGGGCUUUGCAAACAAGCAAAUUGAACAUAAUGUGUCACCAUUUUCGGGUGCAGUUGUAAGGUGUGUGAGACGCCCGCUGUGCAAUGAAUCCCAAUCCAUUCAGCGCAACCUCUCUCAUACAGAGAUCACUAACAGAUUAGUAACCUCGCCUGCUAUCAACAAUUGUAAUAAGGUUCAAAAUGACUUGAGAGACCUUUUAUGUGGCACGUCUGAUGUGACGUCCUCAAGUGUAGAUAAUAACGAGCAUCAAGUGGAUUUUAAUACGUUCUCAGGUGGCAAUAACACGCUGGGUGAGCUCUCGAGUACGGAGAGCGGUCAUAGAGACAUUGGAUUUAAUCAAACGAGUGUUUCAAUUAGCAAUGAUCAAAAUCCGCCCCAUGGUCAAAGAAGGCCAACGCUUAACGAGCAAUUUAUGAACAGACCAAGGCCUGAUGACCAUGUUUAUGAAACAAUCCCAGGCGACGAAAAGUUUUACGAAGAAUGGAAGAAAAUGCGAGCAAAUCCUAAAAUUCCUAAAAUAAGACGUUUCACAACAAUUCCUGACCUUCCCGGAACUUUUAUUCCAAAGGAACCACCGGCUUUGCCUGAAAGAAAAUACCUCAGUUCUAAUGAACCUCAAACUAAAGAAACAGAUAAUUACAUUUUCAUGGGUGAUGUGAAUUCAAACUUUCCCGCCAAAGCGAACUUAAAUUCGGAACGUUCAGAUUCCGGAUAUGCAUCGGUAGCUUCCGAUAAAAUGUUAGAAAGGAUACCAUUUCAAGGGUAUCCUUACCCGCUACACGAGGAUGGUGCCGCGGCUCAUAUUGGCCGACACGACGAAACCUCUGAUGGUUAUUGUAGUAUUGACAAUCUCUCCUUACUGCGCGAAAACAUCACGGACAUAACAUUCCAGGAAAAACCGUCACGUGACUGGCGAAUUCCAAACACAAACAGUUUACCGCGUCUUCCUCCGCAGAGAAAUGAUUACUUUUUUAGUCCAAUGAACAAAGAGGAAUAUCGGAAGAAUUUCUCGGAUGUAUCACGUGCACAUACAAGACAAGUAUCACGUGACAAUAAUUUUGAAAUUGACCAGACAAUGUUUGAGGAACCAAAAAAGCCAGUUUUUCAAGCAACUUAUGUGUAAACAUGUUGUGCACUGAAUAUGGAUGUUAUUUAAUUUAAUUUAUAUACUCGUCGGCAUUUUUAAUAUAAAUAUGCAUUUAUGAACAAUUCUAUCUGAUUUAAUUGGUGCUAAAAUGGCAAAAAAAUGCCAAGGAAAUCAUUUUAAGUGAAUAAUGCUUGAUUGAAACAAUACAGUGUUUUUUUCAAAUUGUUUGAAAUAAUUUUUUCACACAGGGUCAAGUUUAUUACCUGGUGCAUUUGUUAGUCUUUCUUUUCUUUUGCUUUUUUUUGUAAAGAAAGACAACUUGUAUUUAAAACAACAUAAGGCUAAAAUUCAGAAAACAAAUAUGUAUACAGUCUAAAAUACAUUUUGGUAGCACAGAAUUCUUGUAUGAAAAUAUAGAUCUUCAUUUUAUUAUUAUUUUUUUUAUAAUAUUGGAGCAACAAUAAAAUUUCGUAAAAAGCAAUAAUUUAGGGUAAUAUAACGAAGAGUUUCUAUGCUUUUUAAUUGCCUUGAAUAUCUCGUAUUGAAAUGCUUUUAAAAAAAACUUCAACGGUGAAACUAUACUUUUAAACUUGUAUGAGAAUCACUUCAUUAACUAUCAGCAAUUGCUGUAGAAAUAAUAAAACAUGUUUUACAAUAGUAAAAUAUUGAGAGAAAUUAAGAUUAUUACAAUAAUUUGUCGUUUUAAGACCCAGGUUGAAUGUAUCAUCUGCUGAUUUUUUCACACCUGUCGCAAAAUAUCAAUUUAUUUUCGAAAAUUUCACAAUUUCACAUUGAUAUCGGAAUUAUUUCUACAUAACUUCUGUAAGAAAUAAUGUUACUAAUACAUGUUGUAAUAAAAUUGUUACUAUUCUUUUA